CUUGCGGAUCCAUCUACCAGCCCGCCCCCGCCCCCUCCCCCCUCCUGCCCGUCAUGGGGGAAGAUGAGGAGCAGGUACCUGAAUCAGGUGCUAUAUUCACAUUUGGGAAAAGCAAAUUUGCAGAAAAUGUACCUAGCAAGUUUUGGUUUAAAAAUGACAAGCCUUUACACAUAUCAUGUGGAGAUGAACAUACAUCUGUUGUUACAGAAAAUGGUAAAUUGUACAUGUUUGGAAGCAACAACUGGGGACAACUAGGCCUUGGAACAAAGAAUACUGUCAGCAAGCCAACUUGUGUGAAAGUUCUAAAACCUGAAAAAGUAAAACUAGCUGCUUGUGGGAGAAAUCAUACUUUGAUCUAUACAGAAAAAGGGAACCUGUAUGCCACUGGUUGUAACAGUGAAGGACAACUGGGAUUAGAAGGCACAGAAGAAAGAAGUGCAUUUCAUCUAGUUAAUUAUUUUACCAGUCAGCACAAGAUCGAACAGUUAGCAGCUGGAUCCUACACAUCAGCAGCAUUAACUGAGGAUGGACAACUUUUUAUGUGGGGAGACAACUCUGAAGGCCAAAUAGGCUUGGGUAAUGAAGCAAAUACAUGUGUUCCUCAUCAAGUGGAUGUUGGGAAACCUGUUUUCUGGAUCUCGUGUGGAUAUUAUCAUUCUGCCUUAAUAACAUGUGAUGGAGAACUUUAUACUUUUGGGGAGUCUGACAAUGGGAAACUAGGUUUGUCACUUGAACAACUGAAAAACAAUAGAAUCCCACAGCUUGUUUCUGGAAUUCCAAGUAGAGUUAAUAAGGUUGUCUGUGGAGGAGGACAUACAGUAGCACUAGCAGGGGGAGAAGUCUAUACCUUUGGCUUAGGCCAAUAUGGACAACUUGGACUUGGCACAUUUAUCUUUGAAACUUCUGAACCAAAGAUGGUAGAUCAUCUGGGAAAGCAUAAAAUCUGUAACAUUGCAAGUGGAGAAAACCACACAGCUUUAAUAACAGAGAAUGGUCAUAUGUAUACUUUUGGCGAUGGACGGCAUGGCAAAUUAGGACUUGAGAAAGAAAAUUACACUAAUCAGUUUGUACCUACAUUAUGUUCCAAUUUUUUGAGGUUUACUGUCCAUUUGGCUGCUUGUGGUGGCUGUCAUAUGCUUAUUUUUGCCACCCCAAGGCCUAAAAAAAUUGAUAACAUUCAUGACCUAGAAGAAAAUGAGCCAAAUUUAUCUCUUAAAAUCUCUGAAAAGGGAGGAGAUGCAGACACAUUUCAGCAAACAUUUUCAGCACGUGUGCGACGGAGAGAGAAGAAGGAAAAAUCACCAGAACAAUGUAGUCGAUUGGUGCGAACGCUUCCCCCAUUGGGGAAAACUUCCCUAAAACUUGCAACAAAUUACAUCAGCAAUACUCUUCCGCUUUGCAGAACUGAUAGAAAUAAAGAAUCUGAAUCCAUUAUGGAUCAUGAAACAGGAGAUAAGAAAGAAGAGAACAGUGAUACAGAGAAUGAUUCAGAUGAAAAUGAAGAAAGAACCCUUGGUGAUACUACAGAUGUCCUAAAUAUGACCCAUGUGAUGAAACUAAAUCCCAAUGACCAAUUGAUAGAAUUAGCACCAGUUCAAAAACAAAAGUUUCAACAGUCAUGUGAUGAGGAAGAUAGAAGUGAUAGUCAUAAUACCGAAGAACAAGUAGAACAAGAACAAAAAGAAAAACAUCAACAAAAAAAGAAAUGCUAUCUGUCUCAUUACUCACUUAAUGAUCAAAAAAUGCCUGAUGAGGAAGCGACUUAUACUAGCAGUGAUGAUGACCAUGAAAAAGUCCAUGAUGAAAACAAAGAUUGUGAAAAAGAAGAGAAAGAACCAGAUGCAGCAGAAUAUUAUGAAGAUCAAGCUCUCGAUGAGGAGGAACAAAGCAGUCUACUAUGUGAAAAUGAAGAAAAGAACCUUACAACUGUGGAAACAACAGAGAAAGAUAAACUUAUUCCAGAUAAUAGCACAGUUAAACAAGCAUGUGAGAAUGCUGAGAUCCAUACAGAGAAUAAUUCUUCACAAGCAACUACAGACAAUCAAGAUAGAAUAUCUGGAAGACUACUUGAUAAGGCAAAAAGGUUUUCUUUUUUUAAAAGAAGGUCUAUGAAGCAGAAAAACGCACACAGUUGUGAUGAAAGCAAACUGGAAAACCUACCUCAAAGCGAACAGGAUACAGAAAAUCAAGCCAAUGUAUCUGCUGAAAUGUGUAAAGAUGAAAACCAGAACCAUACUGGGAAAAAUCAAAGGGGAUCACCAUCAAUAUAUCAGAACAGAAAAUCUUCCUCUACAUGUGUAAUUCUUUAGUAAGGAAAUUAUAAGGCUUGCAUAUAUGUGAGAUCUUACAAGCAGAUAUUGCAGUUUAUACAUGGAAACAAUAAUGGCAUCUAUGUAAAGAUUACAUUUUUUUUCAUAAAAUUUAGCAUUUGGGGACUGAUCUAGAUUAACUUGGACCAACCUUCCAAUAUUUAUUUGUAUUCAUAAUUUUACUAUUGCAGUAAAAUGAGAAAUAGUCUUAUUGAUUUGUUGUGGCCUUAACUUUCAGUGAUUUUAAUAAAAUAUAUUUUUGUACAUCA